AUGGCCGCGAACAAUGCUACGCCCGUUGCUCCGAGCACUGCGACCGAAGUCAAGCGGACUCCGGGGAACGAUGUUCCCACUCAUCCUCUUGAUCCGCUGACUGCAGACGAGAUCCUCGCAGUCUCGCUCGCGAUCCGCCAUCAUAUCGCCGAGAAGACGUCGAUCAAGGCCGUUCGCUUCAUCACGAAUUACCUCCUUCCUCCUCCUAAACGCGCGGUGCUUGCGCAUCUCGGCAUCCCGCUCGUCACUGGCGAGAAAGUCCGGGAAGAGGACAAGGUUCCGCUCGUCAGAAAAGCCGAAGUUGAUUUCUUAGAUGUCGUUUCCGGUGAUGCAUACGAUGCAAUCGUCGCGCUUGACUCGAGCACUGGCAAAUGGGCCGUCGAGACCCUCGACAAGCUCCCGGAGGGCACCCAGCCUCAGCUCUCGCCCGGGGAGCUCCUUGCCUGCGAAGAGAUCGUCAAGGCCGACGAGCGAGUGCGCGCGCUCGCGAAAGCAGUCGGUAUCGAGCCGCACCAGAUUUUCGCCGACGGCUGGUCUAUCGGGUACGACGAUCGGUUCCCGAUCACGCAGCGCAUCCAGCAGGCGCUCAUGUUCGCUCGCACAUCAGAGCACGACAACUUGUACGGCCAUCCUCUGGACUUCAUCCCCAUUGUGGACAUGAACGCUGGAAAAGUGAUCCACAUCGACUUCCCCGGCCAUUACUUGACGACAGACCCCACGUCGCUGACCGUCCCCUCGACUAAGCCCCCGCCACUCGCUGGCACGGACAACGUCGAAUCCGCCAACCGCCCACGCAUGCCUCCGCCGAUGACCCCGCAGGAGUACCUCCCCGAUAUCCUUGCGGAGGACGCGAAGAAGGCAGGAAAGGAAUUCAAGUUCCGAGAUGACAUCAAACCGCUGCACGUCGUCCAGCCGGAGGGCGUCAGCUUCAAGAUGGACGGAAACGUUUUGGAAUGGCAAAAGUGGAAGAUGCACAUCGGCUUCAGCCAGCGCGAAGGCAUCGCACUGUCUACGAUUACGUACAACGACGAUGGGACGGUCAGGCCGAUCUUCUAUCGGCUUUCGAUGGCGGAGAUGGUCGUUCCCUACGGUGCACCUGAACACCCGCACCCGCGGAAGUUCGCGUUCGACACUGGUGAAUAUGGAAUGGGCACCAUGGCGAAUGAGCUCUCACUUGGAUGCGAUUGCCUUGGGCAAAUUCACUACCUGUCUGGCGCGUACACCGGCCACGACGGCUCGGCUGUCGUGAUCAAGAACGUCAUCUGUAUCCAUGAGGAGGACGCUGGGUUGCUCUGGAAGCACACAGAUUACCGCACCGGUGGACGAUCACACUCUGUCCGGAGCAGAAGGCUCGUCGUUAGCAUGGUUUGCACGCUCGCAAAUUAUGAGUACAUCUGGAACUAUCUGUUCUACCAGGACGGCUCCAUCGAGCUCGAGAUCCGCCUCACUGGGAUACUACAGGCCUAUGUCUCUGGGCCAAACGAACAGUCUCCUUAUGGGGUCCAGGUCGCACCCGGCAUCACCGCACAAAAUCACCAGCACAUCUUUUCUCUCAGGGUGGACUCCAUGAUUGAUGGCCUGUCAAAUUCCAUCGUCGAGACCGACGUGCUUCCCAUCCCCCAUGCAACUGGCUCUGAGCGAAACUACGCUGGAAACGGCUUCCGCACGCACGAGCGGGUCCUCAAAGAGGCGAGCGAGGGCGCGCGCGACUGGGAUGCUGCGACGGACCGCAGAUGGCGCAUCGUCAAUUCGGCGCGGAAGCACUACGCGACCGGUCAGCCCGUCGGGUACUCGCUCGGUGUCAAGGGCGGUGUGACGGCAUGGCUACCGCGGCCGGACGGCUGGGUGGGCGAGCGAGCGAGGUUCGCAAGCAAGACGAUGUGGGUGAUGCGGGACGACGAGCAGGUUGGAACAAAGGGGGGCAGGAUGUGGCCUGCAGGGAAGUACGUGCCGCAGGCGCGGGGCGAGCCAGAGGAUAGCGUUGGCAAGUGGCUCGAGAAGGACGGAAAGGAGGGGAAGACGAUCGAGGACGAGGACUUGGUCGUUUUCCUGACCGUGGGCACGACGCACAUCCCGCGGCCGGAAGAUUGGCCCGUCAUGCCUGUCGACCAUCUCCGCGUCACGUUCAAGCCCAGUGGCUUCUUCACUGCCAAUCCAGCGCUUGACGUCCCCGGUGGGAUCGACCCCAAGAGCGUCAACGCAUUCGGAGGCGAGGGCUCGAGUUCGACUUGCUGCUCAAAUUGAAUGGGGAAGCCCAAGGACAAAAGAAGCGUAGGUUAUACGUGCCGGAGUUCAAACAAAAUGUACUACGAAGGAAAUCUCUCGGAAUGUAGCUUAAUUAUAAGGGGGCUGGAUCAGGCUUAUCAGCGUAGCUGAAACGGACAUGUUACUACAGCGUGUAUCACCUAUCUAUUUCCACAAUUCCAUCUUCAUUUUCAUUCCCCU